AUGCAUCUAGUCGCGUCCAAUCUCAUUCUCUCCGCUAUCGCGGGCGUCGGCGCCGUUUCGUUCCCAGACCCAAGCGGCCCGCACCCCGUCGCCAUACAGGCUGCCGCAAUGGGCCUCUCUAACGAGACGUUUGCAGAGCUUAUAAUGGGGGUCUGUGAUAUUGCUAGCAUUAAGGGAUACAGCAGCAAGUUAAAGAGCACUCAUAAUAUAGCCAGAUUGAUUGCCAGCCGUGGAUACGUUGUUAUUACCGUCGACCACCCCUACGAUACCGCCGUCGUCGAAUUCCCAGACGGCUCUAUCAUCGAGACUGCAGACAUCCCAGAGAAGGAAGAUGAUCUGACAAAGUUAACCAAGGUGCGAGCCGAAGACUUGUCUUUUGGACUGCCUAGAAAGAUUAACUUCGACAACAUUGUCGUUUACGGACACUCGCUCGGUGGUUCCAGCGCCGCUGUGGCCAUGCUCUCAGAUUCACGCUUUCGCAGCGGUGCCAACCUGGACGGUCGAUUCGUCAAGCCCGCGCUCUCCAAGGGCCCGAAGCAGCCUUUCCUCAUGCUUGGCCGACCGAAUCACCGCACCGAGGACGCUACUUGGGUUACAUUCUGGAAGAACCUGCGAGGCCCCAAGGCCGAGCUCGCCGUCGCGGGGAUAGUUCACGGCGCAUUCACCGACGUACCUCUCCUCAUUACCGCUCUGGGACUCCCUACCGAGGUCAAGGCUCAAAUUAGCUCCAUAAUUAGUACUAUCGAUGCGCAGCAACUUGAGAAGGUAUUGAUAAAGACCCUGACAUCUUUUUUCACUUAUGCUUUUGACGGCAAGCCCAAGCCGUUUAUUAAGGCUGUCCAGGCAAUAUCUGAGUUGUCUAUUGUCAACAGCCAGCUUCCCAACAGAAGCUAA